UCAUCCUGCUCCUUCACCUCUCCUCCCAUCAGAGCUCAAACACUUCUCCUUCUCCAAACCCAACCACACCACCAUGGUCAUCGCCACCAAGCUCCACCACCACCGCCUCCUUCUCUCCCAAACCCAAAGCACCAAAGAUCCAAAACCACAAGGAGGAGAAGAAGAAGAAGAAAAGCUCAUCACCAUCAUAACACAACUCUACAACACCAUUUCUAAUCUCCCUUCCCUCCAUCCUUCCCCUCAAGUUAACUCCAUCUUCUCUUCUCUAGUCUCCACCUGCAUCCCUUCCUACCCUUCCCUUUCCCUCUCCUCCCUCUCUCCCUCCACUCUCUCCAUGCGUUCCCACCUCAUCUCCCUCUGCAGCUCAGCUGAAUCCUUCCUCGAACUCCAUUACUCCUCCAUCCUCCUCCAACUCUCCCUCACCUCCUCCUCCCUUCUCCCCCACCUCCCCGUCUUCCCCUACUUCUCCAACUACCUCUCCCUCUCCCUCCUGGAAUCCUCCCUCCUUUUCUCCCACCUCCUCCAGCCCCCUCCUCUCAUCGCCUUCCUCGGCUCCGGCCCCCUCCCUCUCUCCUCCAUAAUCCUCGCUUCACGCCACUUCCCUUCCUCCACCUUCCACAACUUCGACAUCGACCCUUCCGCCACCGCCAAGGCCUCUGCUCUCGUCGCCAACGACAAUUCUCUCGCUGCCCGCAUGGAGUUCAUAACCGCCGACGCCUCUGCGAUCGGCGACCGUCUUCGGAGCUACGGAGUGGUGUUCCUAGCAGCCUUAGUUGGGUUGGAGAAAGAGCAAAAGGUGGGAGUGAUUGAGCACUUGUCGAGGCAUAUGGCGCCAGGAGCAAUGCUGGUGGUCAGAAGCGCUCAUGGAGCGAGAAUGUUCUUGUAUCCAGUAGUGGAGCCUGCAGAUCUCAAAGGCUUUGAGGUUUUAUCAGUUUAUCAUCCCGAUGAUGAAGUUAUUAACUCUGUGAUCGUUGCGAGGAAGAUUGGAGCUGCGGUUGAUCAGAGCUGUAAGUGCCGUGAGGGGAAGAAGAUGGAGGAGAUGGGGUUGGAGGAGAUUCAAUCUGAAGCUUAAUUGAUCAAAUUAUGUCAGCAUAUAUAUUCAUUAGUAUGAAUUUUAAAAUUUUCUAAAAUUUUGAUAUGCUUUGAGAUUAGUGUAAUGCAUUUCUUCUUAUGUAUCACUUAUUUAAAGCAUAUCUAAUAAUUCUUAAGCC